CCAUUCUCUUCAUCCCAAAGCCAUUCAUUCAACAAAUCCUCAGUGCUUCGAUCACUCCUCUCUCGAUCUAAUCUGUGUCUUCAUCAAAUUAAAGAUUCAUUAGAAUUCUUCAGUGUUUUUAUAGUAAAAUUAAAUGGUCAGUCCUGCAAGAACUAAUCAGGGUGCCAUGUUCUUCAUGCUUGUGUUGGCUGUGAGCAUGAUAAGUUCAUCAUCUUGCCAUGCACAGCUUUCCUCCACCUUUUACGACCAGACCUGCCCGAACGGGCUCACCACUAUUAGAACCGCCAUCAGAACGGCCGUCUCAAAAGAGCGCCGCAUGGCGGCUUCCCUCAUCCGUCUCCACUUCCACGACUGCUUUGUUCAGGGCUGUGAUGCGUCUAUACUGUUGAUUGACGGUGGCGAGAGGACUGCUGCACCAAAUAAUAACUCGGUCCGAGGCUAUGAAGUGAUCGAUAAUGCAAAGGCGCAAGUGGAGAAGGUUUGCCCUGGAGUAGUGUCUUGUGCUGAUAUAGUAGCUGUUGCUGCCCGAGACGCCUCUGUCGCUGUCGGGGGACCUUCCUGGGCUGUUAAGCUUGGGCGAAGGGACUCGACCACUGGAAACCCAGCACAGGCACUGACGGACCUUCCGGGAUUCACCGACAGCCUCCCAAUUCUCAUCUCUCACUUCGACAAGAAAGGACUCAGCACUCGGGACAUGGUUGCACUCUCAGGGGCCCACACAAUCGGACAAGCUCAGUGCUUCACGUUUCGCGGAAGAAUCUACAGUAACGGAACCGACAUCGAUGCGGGGUUCGCGAGCACACGCCAGCGGGGGUGCCCAUCAAGCGGGGGCAACUCGAACUUGGCGCCUCUCGAUCUGGUGACCCCCAACUCGUUCGACAACAACUACUUCAAGAACCUGAUGCGGAAGAAGGGGCUCCUGGUCAGCGAUCAGGUUCUCUUCACCGGUGCCGGUGGCUCAACGGACAGCAUCGUGUCAGAGUACAGCAAGACGCCAGCGACCUUCAUGUCGGACUUUGCAGCCGCCAUGAUCAAUAUGGGAGAUAUCGAGCCUCUCACUGGCUCACAAGGACAAAUCAGGAAGAUCUGCAGUGCCGUCAACUAAAUCAAGAGAGAAUUCUCGUAUUAAUCUUCUUUUCUUAUGCGUGUUAAUUAUCUUAAAAUGUGUUUGUGGGUUUUUUUAAAAUUCAUAUUCAUAAUUGUGUAUUAUGUGUCUGUGAGUUUGGUUGGUUGUAUAAUUUCAUUCAUUGAAUGAGAAAAAUUCAUGAAUUUUUAAUUUU